GUCCCUUAGGCUCCGGAAAUGACACCUGUUCCACGAGGAUCACGAAAAAUGCGAUGUCGUCUGCUGGACAAAUCACGUGUGCUGUUGAAAAAAGUACUCAUUUGUUGCUUGGAAUAAGAGAGAUGACAAGAUGGAAACUUGCUAAGAAAGACAACUCAAACAGAAAUACGUAAUGGGAAUGGUAAACCAUCUCCAAGGAGUGUCGUUUUUUUCCGUCAAUGGGCUGCUGGAAAGAACAUCAACCAUUCUGCCUGUUUUCCCCAGCCUAAGCAUAUGCAAGCAUGUCAGUAUUAAGUUUCAGAAGACAGCUGGUGCAUGAGGCCUCAGAAGGAAACCACUUUGUCAACCCAUCACCCAGUGUUCCCGAAGCUGCUGGUUUGGAAGAUGAUGCAACAACCUGUUUCCACGUCUUGAAAUGAGUUGGUUUGCAGUUUGUCCAACAGGGCAGGAGCUGGCACCAUUUGGAAGCAAGGUGGAAUAUCAGAGUAUAAUUAUUCGGAAGAGAUCGUGCCUUAAAAGUGCUGAGUGAGCUACAGAAAUUGGAACAUUAUUGGAUUUAAAGUGCAUUUUAAUUGGGAUUCUACAUUUUCAGAGUUAUACCCCUUGGCAGUAACUGAGAAUAAUGGACAAAUAUUGGUUUCCACUCCUGGUGCUGAUUUGUUACAACUGCUGGACUUGAAAAGUCAAAGAAUAAUCCAAAAACUGAGAAACGGGUAACCUUCAAAUCAUGAGAUGCAGUAGCCAAUAAGAAUCACCAUAAUGGAGGACGGUUUGAGAAACAUGAAAAACAGUGCAAGGACGGUGAGCCAUUUCCGUGGUGCCAAAUUUCUUCACAGCCUUAAACUGGCAGUUUUUCUAGUCAUUGUUGCCAUGGCAACCAUCGUUUCAUCUCAGGAGAUUCAAACAUCAUGGACCUUCAACAUUCCAGACAUUUCAUUCAUAUCAUUUUCACCAAAGUACACUAAUACGCAAAAUCAGCGAAUUUCGUUGAAUUUCCGAACUAGAAAUCCAAACGGUUUAAUAUUUUGUCAUUAUUUGAAAGAUUUGGAUGUAAAAGAGUUGAAAAGGAUAAAUUAUCAGUUGUGUGCUGAACUACAAUAUGGAGUAUUUGUGUUGAAAUAUCAACUUAUGCAAUAUUCAGAUGAUGGAAUAUCAAUUGGAAAAGCUCUAAACAACAACCAGUGGCAUCAUCUUGAAGUUUUCAUCGAUGUUUCAUCAGGGGAGUUAACUGUGAAAGUUGACAAUGAGACCACAGUUACCUCCCUUAAAUCCUACACCCGACAAGAGUUCACUACCCUACUUGACUGGACACAGCACUCUUCAGCUAUAUAUUUUGGGGGGACAGAUCCAGACACAUUAUUCUCCGACACCUAUCCACAUUUCUUGGGCUGCAUGUCGGACAUCCAAUACGAGACCUCAGACAGCAAGCUGGUCCCUGUUCCCGUGACGAUGAUGGAGGGUGUGGACCAGGGCUGUACAGACAGGUGCACCAACAAUCCUUGUCACCAUGGUGGCUCGUGUAUCAACGGUUACGAUCAAGCUGUCUGUGACUGCUUCGGAACAGACUAUGAGGGGGAAUUUUGCUCUGUUCUUGGGCCGACAACAGUGACAUUGCGUGGAUAUGAGUGGCUGACAUACUCUCUUCAUCCCUAUGACAAAAACAUCCUGGCCGAAUCCAUGAGGCUUAGCUUAGAAUUCAAGACCAGUCGCGGUUCCGGCGUACUGUUUUAUGCAGUGGGCGGGGCCCCGUACCACAGUCAUGUGACCGCUUCAGUGCAUGCUGGGAAGAUUCUGGUUUCCGUAGCAAUAGGAGAUGACGACAUCGAAGUGGAGGCUGGGAUUGCUAUUGAUGACUAUAGAUGGCACAAUCUGACAAUAGUUCAUGAAGUUCGCAAGGUGUAUGUGUACCUGGAUGGACAAGAGAAUGAACGUGACAUACUGGAUACCAACUACCAUCUGACCCUCGACCCCAAAAUCUUUAUCGGUGGCGGCAACAACUUUGUAGUUACGCGAGGCCUACAAGUCACACAAAACUUUGUUGGCUGCUUCAAAAACAUCUACAUUAACGAUGUUUCUGUGCUGUAUGAAAUGGCCAAGGGUUCAAACCGCGUGAAAUACAAUGGCGGAGGCUCGAUGCAGCCCCACUACUCAUGCAAGGAGGUCGUCAACAUCCCGAUUUCAUUCCCGACUGCUGCGUCCAUGUUGACCCUUGAUAGCACCAACGACAUGAAAGAUGAUUUUGAGAUUGAGUUUGACUUUAAGACCGUGAGGUCAGAGGCAGUGUUGUUGUACUUGAGUCUACAGGAUACAGAUACAGCCUUCGAAUACAACUUUGGAUUUGUUGAGGUAUGGAUAAAAGCAGGUCAACCCCAUCUGAAGUUUGUACCAUCUAACCUCCAUCCGGAGAGGACCCAGAACUACACCAUUCCAAACCUGGUCAACACAAAUAUAUGGCACUCCAUGCAUCUGGCCAUCAAACAGGGGGAGGCAAAGUUAAAGGUGAAUGGAAAUUCUGUGUCAACUUCCAAUACAAAGAGACCUCUAGAGAUAUACAGCCAGAUUAUUGUUGGCUAUGGUUAUAACAGCUAUAAAGCUCAUGAAGGCUAUGUGGGAUGUAUUCGCAACCUGAAAAUCAAUGGCCAGACCAUGGAUGCACUUGACCUUGUCCAGACGAGUGCUGCCUCUGGGCUUAUCAUAGAUGGGUGUAACAUUACGGACUAUUGCAAGGGGAGUCGUAUGUGUGAACAUGGGGGUGUCUGUCUGUCUGAGUGGACUGAUGUGGCGUGUGACUGCUCUGAGACAUUCUACACUGGACUAGCUUGUCACUUCCCCAAAUACAAGAAGACAUGUGACGAAUAUUACCAGUCUGGUGUAAAUGAGUCAGGGGUCAUGCUGGUUGACCUUGAUGGAUCUGGUGAUCUUGACCCAGUUCAUGUGAGGUGCCACAUGGGUUUUGAGGAGCGGUAUGAUUUCUUCGGACAAACAAUCGUGGACCACAAUUUUCCAUCCAACACAACUGUGCGGGCUUCAAUGAUGAGGGAUUUGAAACGGCUCAUCUCCUACAGGUUACUAGGACGGGAGGAGUUGAUAAGACUCACACAGGAGUCUGCUUUCUGUCGGCAGAAAAUCACAUACAACUGCAUUCACUCUACAAUAGAUCUAGGAACAAAGACUUGGUUCAAGUCUGCCUCCAGUGAGCUGCUAGAUUACAUAGGAACAGACAACACUUCUCCAGGGUCCUGCCCGUGUUCAUUGACUGCCUCCUGUACAGGAGAAAUGUGCAACUGUGAUAAUAAUACCAUGACACUACAGAAAGAUGAAGGAUACAACACAGUUAAACACCAGCUGCCCAUCACAGAGGUGACCAUCCUACAAGAUGAGAAUCCUCUCACCCCGGGGUCCGCUAACCUCACCCUAGGGCCUCUGGUCUGCUGGGGGAACAGUGCCCAGAUUCCGUCUACAGCGGUUACGUUUAGCAGUGGGUCAGGCUACUUGAUCAGUGCCCCGUGGAAGACUGGGGAUAUCAAGGUCAGCUUCCGCACCCAUCAUGAUACAGCUAUCAUACUGUACCAGACAGGCACCAAGAGCAAUAUCAACUACUUCAUUGUGGCGGUCACAUCUGAAAACACCGUGAAAUUCUACUUCCGCUGGGGCAUGAAGUUCCUAGAGGUUGACAUAGAGAGCCCUGAGCCAGUCAGUAAUGGAGAGUGGCAUCAGGUUUCCAUAGAAACUGAUGUUCACAAUAUCCGGUGCAUGUUGGACAUGACUGAGAAAAUACUAGACAUUCCAGACAAUGUACCCAGAAUUCCACUGUUCUCGGGAAUACUGUAUGUUGGUGGUGUUCCAGAUACGUUGAAAAAGGACACGGUAGUUGCAGAUGUUGUCAGCAUUGUGGGCUGUAUGCGAGGGCUUGCAUAUAAUGGCAAACCAGUAGCUCUCAGUGACCUCAUAGAUUCAAGUACCCAGAAUGUAUACAAGGAAUGUAUGGCGUCUUGCUGGCCCAAUCCCUGCCGUAAUGGGGGAAAGUGUUUGGAGAAGUGGGGAGCACAUCAGUGUGUAUGUGUCAACAAGUGGGCACACUCGGGGCACAACUGCGAGAUUGACAUCAACACUGAUGCAGUUACGUUUCAAGGCACCAGUACGUCUUAUCUCCACUACAUCCUACCAGUGGACUCCGGACUUCUCGAUUCCACAAUCAUCUUUAACUUCCGCACCUUUCUGAGAAACACAUUGUUACUCUACAUUCACGACCAUUUGAACAACUUUGUGCUUGUUCAGUUGCAAGAUAGCAAUAAGAUCAUCGCCAAGUUUAACAGAUACAACUUAAUUCUGCAGCAGACCAGACAAAUAGAUGGCUACUUGGAUGACGGUAGUUGGAACCAGGUGGUCAUUGACAAUGCUGACGGUUACAUCAAGGUCAUCGUGAAUGUAGACGAUGAACCAAGCAGAAACUCUUACAAGAAACAGAGCCUCGAUACAUACAUGCAGGUGCCAUUCACUGAAGAGGAGCUAGUUAAGCCAGUCAGGGGCAGCACCGUGGGGGAGCCUGGAAUCCACUUGUACGUGGGUGGGGUACCUUUGAACAUGUCCACGUAUACGUCGAUGUACGGAUGUAUACGCGGGCUGAAGAUUGGUGACACAGUUUUCCAGCUGCAAAAAGAGGCAGAAAAGUCUGAUGAGAACGUAUCUCAUGUGUGUCUGGAUGGUUGUGAAAGUUCGCCGUGUAGGAAUGGGGGAGUAUGUGAAGAACAGUGGCAGGACCGCAGGUAUACGUGCGACUGUGCCUUCAGCGAGUAUGCUGGACCUACAUGUAACACAGAGGCAUCAGGGUAUUUCCAAGGCGAGUCAAUUCUGCAGUACAAAUACACCCCACCCAAAGAAGCCCUUGAAACCAGAACUGAACGACUUGAAUUGGUCUUCCGUGUAAAUCCAGGGGCUACGGAAAAUAUGGUGCUCGUCUUCAUCUAUAGUGAAAGAUUUAGAAGGAGCCCAGGGUAUUGGACACAUGACUUCAUCAUUGUCUACCUGGACCCUCACCAUGGUAUAUACCUAAACACAAACCAGGGAUACUCCAUACAUGGAGUGGGGAAAGAAGGGCUGUUUGCCGAUGGUCGACCACAUCAGCUGCUGUAUAGACGGAAUCAGGGAGAGAUGAUCCUUACUGUUAGAAGCGAAAACCAUCGGUUAUUUAGAAACAAAACAUUGAGCCUUGAUGAAGAAGGCAUAGGCAGAGUUACUGUUUCUGACAAUGCCCUUGACGAACUAGAUACCAUUAUGAUUGGUGGAAUUCUCAACUCUCAGUUCGGUUCUAUUCAAGACACAGAUGAUUAUCGAGACUACCUCAACUUUACUGGUUGUAUGUCUGAGGUGACUUUCUAUCCAGUUGGCGACCUUCCAUUUGCCCUUAGACCCCUGAAAGACCUACGUGACAAUCAGAACUCGACAGGUAUUGCUACUGCUUACGGUCCAGAGAUACAAGGGUGUAGUACUAAGGAUGCCAUGGCAAUCACAACAUCAACACAACCACUGACACAGAAGCCAUCCACCUUAUCUCCACAGUUGACAUUUCCCCCUUGGAAUCCUGGUCCUGCGAAAACUGAGUACCUUGGCCCACCUCCAACACUGCCAAUCAACAAAACAAGCCCUGCCCACACCAGUAUGACCACACCCUCCAAUUCAGUUUCCACAGCCAGAGACAUCAGCGUUGGGUCACAUGGAAGGGAUAAGCAUGAUAACAAAGUCAUUGCCAUAGCACUAUGUGUGGUGGGUUUCUUACUUUUGGUGGCGAUAAUGGUGGCAUGCGUGCUGGUACGUCUGCGUCGGCGGGAAGAAGAAAAAGAGAAAGAAAAUGCAGAGAAAAAUCAGGAUAUCGAGCUCAAGCAGCCAUUGAAUGAUGUUGAGGAGGCGAUAUCAGAAAAUCGACAGAACCAGAACUACUUGGCAAGACUUGAUGAAUUUAGCAUGGUCUCUGCACAACUAGGAGCUCGGCCGGUUAAGAGGGAAACAACAUCGACUUUCAAGCCUCCACCUAGUGACUCUUCAUACACAUAUUCCAGUGUUCCCCAGUCUGAAGAUGAUGACCCAACGUUAACAGAACAGAGGUUUUACAACCGCAAGAAAAAUAGGCCAGCCUCGUCUAUAUCGGAAGUUUUGGAGGAGAUGGAGAGACAAAGAGGAAAUCCAGAUGCUGAUCCUGAAGACAUAGAAACUCUUGGCACCAGACCCCUUCAAUCAGUUGCCAUGGAAACAACACCCCUGACAUGUGAUGGGAUAGUGUUGCCCCCAGUUGAGGGCACAAACGUCGAUAAUUGUCAAGGAGCUUGGGACGUACACGACCAAUCCAGUGAUUUGUCAACAGGAGAGCACCACGAAGACGAUGUUGAAAACGAUGCUGAUAAUGAGUCGGACUCGCCGUCCCCACCCCCUCCUGCGCACGUGCUCCAUGAGUACAAUGGAGAUAGCGGUUAUGAGGCAGAGUCAAAACCAGAUGAGGAGGAGACUCUUAUGAUUGACAGUUACCAUGGAACCGGCAGUUUUCAGGAGGAAGAGACUCCAAGUGAAGGGGUUAAUGAUCAGUGUCAAGUUGACAUGGAUGACUCCCCCUAUUUAGAUUCUAAAAAUAGUAACUAUGUGUCAGAAAAUGUUACCCCUUCACUUAAAUCUGAAACUGGAUCUCUAGGGAAGGAAUCGAGAUCGGGUUCAAAUUCCUCAGCUGCAGAAGAGUUGCCAGGGAAGGAUAGUGACAAAGUGAUUAAUUAUGGAUUUCCGAACACACCUGUGAUAGACCUCAAUGGACCAGACUUUGCUCCAAAGAAAUCAAGUAUUGUUUCAAACAAUAUGUGUGACACUUGAAACUGCAAUACAUCUCUCUUCUCUGUGUCACAUUUCCAUUUCCAAUCAAAAACUUGGUAUACACACUGGUCAUGGUAGUAAGUAGAUGACUCAUAUUGAUUUUCGGGUCAAUGAGUCAAAGGUCAUAAUGACGUUGGGCACUUGACAAGCGUAUCAUCAAAUUCGUGGAAGUCAGGCUAGAUUUACAUAACUGUGUUUAGAUGCUGCUCACAGUUUCUACAAGAUGAACCAUGGACAUUUGGUGAAUCUUUAAAAAAAGCACCAUAUUCUAUUUUCAGAAUCAUAUUACUUAUAAUUUGUAUAAAAUUUAAGGACCAAAUCUAAUGUAUUCUUCAUUGUGUCUUGGUACAUUGAAGUCUUAAGUGUUACGUUAUUAUUCAGUGCAUUUUGUCCCUGAGACAAAUAUUUGUCAUAAAAAAUUAUAUCCUGCAUAACAAUCUAAAAGCCCUUGUUAUAGCUCCUCAUUGUUCAUUAACAAUUCAGAAUUAAGCAUAAUAAAGGAAGCAAUAAUUAAUGUGAGAAUAUUUCUUAUUUUUAACCUUGUAAACAUUGAUGUUCAAUAUGUGACAGUAUAAGAAACUACUUUGAUGGCCAUGGCAUAUUGAAACCUUGGGUUUUGUUUUAGGUCCAUGUAAAAUUCAGAAUUUCAAAGUAUGUUUAUUCAUUAUUUGUUUUUUAUUGUAAAUAUGUCAUAGUUAUUUUGUGUUGAUGCAUUUUAAUGAUAUUUACUUAAAAUAAAAAACAAGUAUAAGAAAAUUGUGCAAUAAGCUCAUUUAUGUGAUCGUUCGUAUUUAUUUCAAAUGUGGUUGUGUAUUUCGGAAGUUGUUAAUCUAAAUCAUGAAAUGGCACAAAACCGUCCUUUUUUUCUUUGUUUUGACGAUAAUGGCAAAUCUAUAAUUAUACAACUUGUAGUUGUUUUAUAUAAGCUGCGUAUUUUUCAAAUUAUAAAACACGAAAUUACCUCUUUCCUUUUUAAACCACCAAUAACAAAUGUUCCUGUUUACACAUACAGGAGUAAAACAACUUGAUUUUUUUCCAAUUUUGUAAAAAUGCGUGUUUUUAUAUAAUUAUCUUUAACUAUUGUACAUGUACUUUGUUUAUGUCUUGUGAAAUUUCUCAAAUUAUAAAUUUGAAACCAA